UCACACCCGGCUGACACACAUGCAUACACACACACACUUACCUCCCCUGUGUAUUUCCUAACCUAGGCUGAGUCUUACUUGAAGACAAAGAAACUUUUACAUUUACUUGCUGCAAGCAAGCAAACAAGCCAGCCAAAAGUUUUGGGUUGAGAGUAAACACACCAAGCAAUGGAAAUGGACAUGAACUCCUCGUUUGGGGAGACAACAGCGGGCUACACGGACUACAGCUCAGAGACGGACGCUCCGCUCUGCAACAGAGAAACAAACCACAACUUUGGGGUCAAACUCUCCACCUUCUAUCUGCUGAUUUUCACACUGAGUGUGGUGGGAAACAGCUUGGUCCUCUAUAUCAUCUGCAAGUUCGAGAAACUCAACACGGUGGGGAACAUCUUCCUCCUCAACCUGGUGGUGUCGGACCUGGUCUUCAUGUCCAGUCUGCCCUUCUGGGCCGUAUACCACCACAAGUCCAGCUGGAUCUUCGGCCGGGUCUGGUGUAAGAUUGUGGGCAGCGCCUACUUCCUGGGUUUCUACAGCUCGAUCCUGUUCCUCACCCUCAUGACCUUUGACCGGUACCUGGCAGUGGUCUACGCCGUGCCGUCCACCAGGCUACGUCAGAGGAGCUACGCCCUCGCCUCAUCCGCCGCUGUGUGGGGCAUCAGCCUCCUGGCGUGCAUCAAGCCGUUUCUACUCUACGACCAGGCCGAGCAUUACUACCAGGGGUUGGUGUGUGAGGAGGUUGGCACCCCAGAAUCGAUUGUCUCUGAGGAAUUGGAGCUGUCGGGGCCAUACCUCCAGUUAGGUUUAUUUUUCCUAUUUCCUCUCAUUGUUGUUUUUUACUGCUACGUUAGGAUUGCCGUGACGGUCAUCUCCUCCAGGAUGACCAACAAGUACAGGACGGUGAGACUCAUAUUUGUCAUAGUACUGCUGUUCUUUGCAUGCUGGACUCCUUAUAAUGUGGUGGUGAUGCUUCAAGCAGCUGAAGUCGACUGUGUGAAACUCCGUAAGCUUGACUAUGCGCUGCAUGUUACUCGUAUGGUCACAUAUCUGUACUUCUGUAUCAAUCCUGCCUUCUACACCUUUGUGGGGAGAAAAUUCCAGAACCACUUCCGGAUUCUGCUGCAGAAAAAUAUGCCGUGUUUAAAGAACCAUGUCUCAAUCAAUGGUAGCCAGACACUGUCACAUAUUAGAAACCCUCAAGUGGGCAUAACUAGUCAAACAGAUGUUCUGGUAUGAUAUAGGAGCCCUGUGGCACUGGAAUGCACAUUAAUUCAUGUCUAGGAGUCUCAUAUUAGUUAAUGAACCUUGAAAAAUGUGUGUUGCUAUUCACCACUGUGCCUCUGCCUCUGCAUUGCUUGCUCUUUGGGGUUUGAGGCUGGAUAUCUGUAAAGCAUUUGUGACAACUGCUGAUGUAAA